UGGGAAGGUCCCGCCGCUGCUGUUGUACGCUGCGGGUUGGGUUCGAGACUGGACUGAAAUGGCUUUGGAGGUUACCCACGCUGUCGCUGGGCUCCGGCUGGGGGAACUCUAUGUCUCAGAUCGAGAGGGCAGUGAUGCAACUGGUGAUGGAACAAAGGAGAAACCUUUUAAAACAGGCUUAAAGGCUUUGAUGACAGCAGGAAAGGAGCCAUUUCCUACCAUUUAUGUAGAUUCACAAAAAGAAAAUGAGAGAUGGGAUGUUAUUUCCAAGUCACAGCUGAAAAACAUUAAAAAAAUAUGGAACAGAGAACGAAUGAAGAAUGAAUCCCGAGAGCAAAGAGAGGCUGAAGACAUUUUAAGAAGAGAAAAAAACCUAGAGGAAGCAAAGAAAAUUACCAUUAAACAGGAUCCAAAUCUUCCAGAGGCAAAAUGUGUAAAGAUUUGUGCUUUGGAAGCACAUCGAGGGCAACGAGUGAAGGUGUUUGGCUGGGUCCACAGGUUACGUAGGCAAGGGAAGAAUUUAAUGUUUCUUAUAUUAAGAGAUGGUACAGGAUAUCUUCAGUGUGUCUUGUCAGAUGAACUGUGUCAGUGUUACAAUGGAGUGGUCUUGUCUACAGAGAGUAGUGUGGCAAUAUAUGGAACACUCAAUCUUACACCAGAAGGCAAGCAGGCACCAGGAGGCCAUGAGCUGAGCUGUGACUAUUGGGAAUUGAUUGGCUUAGCCCCUGCUGGAGGAGCUGAUAACCUUAUAAAUGAAGAAUCUGAUGUAGAUGUCCAGCUUAAUAACAGAUACAUGAUGAUUCGAGGAGAGAACAUGUCCAAAAUCUUGAAAGCACGUUCAGUGGUCACCAGAUGCUUUAGAGAUCACUUUUUUGAUAGGGGAUAUUAUGAAGUCACUCCUCCAACAUUAGUACAAACACAGGUAGAAGGUGGUGCCACACUUUUCAAGCUUGACUAUUUUGGAGAGGAGGCAUUUUUGACCCAGUCAUCACAGUUGUAUUUGGAGACUUGUAUCCCCGCUUUAGGAGAUGUCUUUUGUAUUGCUCAGUCAUAUAGAGCAGAACAAUCCAGGACUCGAAGACAUCUAGCAGAGUACACUCACAUUGAAGCUGAGUGCCCUUUCCUGACUUUUGAUGAUCUCCUAAACCGUUUGGAAGACCUGGUUUGUGAUGUAGUAGACAGGGUCUUAAAAUCACCUGCAGCAAGCUUAUUAUAUGACCUCAAUCCGACUUUCACACCCCCCAAAAGACCUUUCAAACGAAUGAACUACUCAGAUGCCAUUGUGUGGCUAAAGGAACAUGAUGUAAAGAAGGAAGAUGGCAGCUAUUAUGAAUUUGGAGAGGAUAUCCCAGAAGCCCCUGAGAGACUGAUGACAGACACCAUUAAUGAACCAAUCUUGCUGUGUCGAUUUCCUGUAGAGAUCAAGUCCUUCUAUAUGCAGCGAUGUCCUGAGGAUUCCCGGCUUACUGAAUCUGUAGAUGUGUUGAUGCCUAAUGUUGGUGAGAUUGUGGGAGGCUCUAUGCGUAUCUGGGAUAGCGAAGAACUGCUAAAAGGAUAUAAAAGAGAGGGCAUUGAUCCUACUCCCUACUACUGGUAUACUGAUCAGAGAAAAUAUGGUACAUGCCCCCAUGGAGGGUAUGGCUUGGGCUUGGAACGUUUCUUAACUUGGAUUUUGAACAGAUACCAUAUCCGAGAUGUGUGUCUGUACCCACGCUUUGUCCAGCGCUGUAAACCCUAAGUGUCUAGUGAAUCACAGCAAUAGGAAAGGGUACACACAGCUUAGUGGAAAAAUACAAUUUCCAAAAUGAAAUGAUCCAUUUGUUUUUAUCACAUCAGAGUGUCACUGUUUGUCUUAUCUGUUCUCAUGCCAUAAAGUAAGUCGCAAUUAUUUUGGAUGUCCCAGAAAUAAAAAUGACUUCAAGUGAUAUUUAUGUUGUCAUUCUUAGAAAAAUAAUUUCCAUUAUAAACAUUGGGAAAAAGAUACUGUGGCAUAUUAGUGUGCAGUUAGUGAUAAAUUUCAGCUCCUGAUUAUGGACUAUACAAGACUAUUCGUCUCAUAGUACCAUUUACCAUUGACACCAGGUAUUUUUACUAUAUCCUAGUCACUUGAAUUUUUUUAUGUUCUUUUUUGUGCUACUGCAGUUCCAUAUUUUGUGAUUUGCAACAUCUUACUCUGUCAGUGAAUUAAGAACCAAAAUUGGAAUAAAAUUGACAUGUAAUUAAUACAAUGUUAAAGAUUUGAUUGCUUCUGUAUAAAUGUCAUUCAGCUAUGGAUACUGGAAUAAAAUGAAUCAUUUUCUUGAGCUUUGUAUUUACUUCAUUAUUAUCUGAUAAGCAUUCCAGAGUUUAAAUGUACUAAAACAAUUUUACUAUUACUAAAACAUUUACUAUAGAAAUGAAAGAAUUUGCAGGUUUCUUCAAAUUGUUUAGUAAAGGCCAAAAAGGUAGAUGGCAGUAUAAACACCAUUUGGGGGUGGUAAUUAAUUUGCAAGGUCUUUGUUCCACUUUUCUGAAGAAUCAGAUUGCUUUUCUUUGGCAUUUCCACAAAUAAUCAAGGAUAAAUGAACUCCAAAAAAAUUUUAAGCUGGAAUAUUAAUAUGUUGAUUAAUAGUUAAUACAAAUGGUUUGAACUAUUUCAUCAUGUCUUGGAAUCUAAUCUGAGCUAUUUUAUUCAUUCUUUCUGUACUUACUGAAUUAUUCCAGCUCAGAUUCGGUCAAUUAAGAAUGCAUGUUAUAUAUAUUCCAUUAACUGUAAUCUUGAAAAUAAAGGACAACAUAUAGAAAUACA